AUGCACCACUUCUCUCAGACGUCCUCUGCUGCGCUCCGCCGCGCCGCCGCAAAGGCGGCCAAGCCUUCGCUGGCUCGCGGCGCGCACAAGGAGAUCAAGUUCUCGAACGAAGGUCGCGCUAGCAUUCUCAAGGGCGUCGACGUGCUCGCGGACGCCGUCAGCGUCACCCUCGGUCCCAAGGGUCGCAACGUCAUCAUCGAGCAGUCGUUCGGCGGCCCGAAGAUUACCAAGGAUGGUGUCACGGUCGCAAAGUCGAUACAGCUCAAAGACAAGUUUGAGAACCUCGGCGCUCGCCUCGUCCAGGACGUCGCGUCCAAGACGAACGAGAUGGCUGGUGAUGGCACGACCACCGCCACCGUCCUCGCGCGCGCCAUUUAUGCGGAGGGUGUCAAGAACGUCGCCGCUGGGUGCAACCCUAUGGACCUCCGCCGCGGCUCCCAGGCCGCCGUCGACCGUGUCGUCGAGUUUCUCUCCUCCCACGCAAAGACCAUCACCACCACCGCCGAGAUUGCUCAGGUUGCGACCAUCUCCGCUAACGGCGAUGCCCACGUCGGCAACCUCAUCGCCCAGGCCAUGGAGAAGGUCGGCAAGGAGGGUGUUAUCACCGUCAAGGAGGGCCGCACCAUCGACGACGAGAUUGAGAUCACGGAGGGCAUGCGUUUCGACCGCGGCUUCAUCUCUCCUUACUUCGUCACCGACGUCAAGUCCCAGAAGGCCGAUUUCGAGAAGCCCCUCGUUCUCCUCAGCGAAUCUAAGAUCAGCCGCCUCCAGGACAUCCUUCCGGCCCUCGAGGCUGCUGUCCAGGCGCGUCGCCCGCUGCUUAUCAUCGCGGAGGACGUCGACGGUGAGGCCCUCGCCGCGUGUCUCGUCAACAAGCUCCGUGGCCAGGUGCAGGUCUGUGCCGUCAAGGCCCCCGGCUUCGGCGACAACCGCAAGUCCAUCCUCGGCGACCUUGCUAUCCUCACCGGCGGCCAGGUCGUUACUAACGAGCUCGACAUGAAGCUCGAGCAGCUCACGCCCGACAUGCUCGGCUCUUCCGGCUCGAUCACCAUCACCAAGGAAGAUACGAUCGUCCUUAACGGUGAAGGCUCCAAGGACGCGAUCCAGCAACGCUGCGAGCAGAUCCGCGCGCUGAUUGCGGACUCGACAACGAGCGAGUACGACCGCACGAAGCUCCAGGAGCGCCUCGCGAAGCUAUCGGGCGGUGUUGCGGUCAUCAAGGUCGGCGGUUCGUCCGAGGUCGAGGUUAGCGAGAAGAAGGACCGGUACGACGAUGCGCUCAACGCGACGCGCGCAGCUGUCGAGGAGGGCAUCCUCCCCGGCGGUGGUGUCGCGCUCCUGAAGGCGUCCCUCGCGCUCGCGAGCAAGGCGCCUGGUUCGCAGGCGGUGUCGUCGCCGGACGUGAAGCUGAUCCCGACGGCGAACUUUGAUCAGGACCUGGGCGUGUCGAUCAUCAAGCGGGCGCUGUCCCACCCGGCGCGGACGAUCCUGAAGAACGCGGGCGAGGAGAGCUCCGUGCUUGUUGGCACGAUGGUGCAGCUGUACGGCGCGGAAGACAAGUUCGCGUGGGGCUACGACGCGAGCAAGGGUGAGUGGGUGGACAUGAUCAAAGCAGGCAUCGUCGACCCGCUCAAGGUCGUCCGGACCGCACUUGUCGACGCCGCGGGUGUCGCGAGCCUGCUGACGACGAGCGAGGCGUGCAUCGUCGAGGCACCGGAGGAGAAGCCGGCACCGCCUGCGGGUGGCAUGGGCGGCAUGGGUGGUAUGGGAGGCAUGGGCUUCUGA